AUGUUAAAAUCACAUAAUUUGAUUUUCCAGUCACUGUUGGACAGUCGUGUGAAACAACUCAUGGACUGGAAUCAAAGAAAACCUGUUAUAAGGUUGAAUGGUGAUAAAUACAGAACUUAUCUGAGGGCAUCACCAAGGAAUUAUUCAGUGAUUCUUAUGCUCACAGCUCUAGCACCACACAGGCAAUGUACCAUUUGUAGGUAAGAGAUAUUUUAAUGUGCUCUUAGAGGCUCAAGUCAUGGUGUUUUAAUUGUGGGAUUCUUUCACUCUCUGCACUUGUUUUCAAAUGACAAUGAAAUAUUUUAUUGAUAAAGUCAACAUCAUACACAUGUACAUACAUAUCAUCAGUAUCAUAGACCUCUAACAACCGUCACAUUACUGUUAGUUCUGAUGAAAUUGAAAAAUGAUUGCACACCUUUUUUGAGCUUUUAAAUCUACUUUAAGUGCUCUUUUGCUUGCUUUCAUGUGGUGUUUGUAAUGCAGAUAUCAACAUUUAGACGGGGAAAGGGGAUAUGGGCAUAUGUGUAGGUGUGAUAUUUGAACACUUGCUUUGUUCCCUCUGUGGGGAUUUUGACCACAAAUUUUUGCCCAAACUGUGGUUUUGUUACCCAUGAAAAGGGAUUGUAUCAGAUUUGAACUAAUUUCCAGUCCCAAGGAUCAGGAAAUUGAAAAAAAAAAUUGCUAAAAACUUGAAAUGCUAACCCUAUGCCUGUGACCCACCAACACCGCCCCUCCCCGCCCCCCUUCCAUUCAAAAAUUGAUACCCACAUAAGCAGUUGUGUUUGGGUUUCCUUUUGCAUCAAGUUUACCAUUAAAUUUCCAAUGAAAGUAAAAUAACAAUACUCUGCUCAUGCAAUAAAUUGUCCACAUUUGUUGCUUCUUCAACUACAUGUACCUCGGGGAAGAAGUUGUCAAAAUAUGAAAAUCCAACUUGGAUAUCAUGGCAAUUCUUAGUUUUUCUCAAAUUAAAGAGAUUUGACUGUUAAAUAGAUAAUACACUAACCGAACCUUCAGUUGACUAUGCCUCUAAAUUAUAUUCCAAGGUUAUCCUUACCUCUCCUCUUUUUUGUGUCAGCUUAUAUAAAGUUCCUGGGAAAAGGAGGCAAAUUUUUCUUGUCUUGUCAGGUAGCUACAAUCAGGGACAAAAGUAGUUGACACACUUGUUUAAAACGGGUACUUUUAACAAACAUUUAAUCCAUUUAUUAUUUCAUUCCUUUUAAACGCCAUAAAUCCCCCAACCCCCCGAAUCAAUGUUGUCUGAAGUAAAAAAAAGACUUGAGUGUCCAAAAUUCAACAUUGAUUUUGAGGGUAAGGGGUUGGGGUAGACAAGGGAAGGGGAUAAGUACCGGUAUAUCCACUAUGCAAAAAGGGGCCACUUUACGGAAGUGUGUCAACACUUUUGUCCCUCAUUGUAGUUUUCUGAUAACAUAAAUAAUAACUAUGAUUCACAAAUGACAAUUCUCAAUCUGUUGUCUUCUUUGCAGAGAAGCUAACAAUGAGUAUACCAUCCUUGCUAAUUCCUGGCGAUAUUCUCAGCAAUAUUCCAACAAAGUGUUCUUUGCAAUGGUUGACUUUGAUGAGGGACCAGAUGUAUUUAAUGCAGUAAGACAUGUUUUAAAUAAAUGUUUUUUGCAUAAAUUUGACUUCCCGAUGGCACAUUCUUGUUCAUUUUAAUUUGGGAGUAUAGGUACUUUAUGCUCCUCAUGUGUAUCUGCUGAAAUGUUUCUUCUGUCACAAGUUCAUUGAAUGUCAGCCUUAGAUGUGCUGAUUGCAUGGAAACUGAAACUGCAUGUUCCGUUACUGUUUUUUUCUAGCUGCGAUUGAACUCUGCUCCGAUGUUUAUGCACUUCCCACCCAAAGGAAAACCCAAAAAGGCGGACACCUAUGAUAUUCAAAGGUACACAUUUACUGAACAAACAUAAUGGCAUGUGAAAUACAUGGAGUAUGUUACAUAUUGAAUUUUCUUGUUUUCUUUGUAGAAUGGGAUUCUCUGCUGAACAGCUUGCGAAAUGGGUUGCAGAGCGCACUGAUGUUCAUGUAGGUAGUUUUUAUUUUAUUUUUUUUAGGUGAAUUGUUUUGGAAAUGCUUGUUUUAAUUAUUCUAAAUGUGAAAGCUUUGAAAAUUCAUAUUACAUUUACUAUUUAAGUGUCAUCAAAGUCUAUUGCAAAAAAUUUUUGACUAAAAUUAACAUUUCUUAAACAACACAUCUCUUCCUUGUCAGGACUCUAAAAUGUAACUGUAAUAUCGUUCAAAGAUAUGGUAUUUCCCUGGCAUCUAUUGUCACUAUGAUCACUUCAGACCCCUGGCUACUUUGUUCAUAGCCAACUAAGGGAAAUUAGAACCAAAAAAAUGACGUAGCAUAUUAUGUUGCCGCUCAAAAUUGAAUUCAGGUUAAAAUUUUUCAACGUAGGGUUAAAAAAUUUUAACCUGAAUAUAAUUUUGACCUGGUAAUGUAUAAAAGCAACUAUAAGUCACAAUGUAUGACAGUGCCCUGCCCUUGACAUGAAAGAAGUUUGAAGUCUUUUUUCAUAGCCAUCUAGCUAGGGUAAUUUUCAUUCUUGUAAUUAAUAUUUUCUAGUUAUGUGUAACGAUUGAACCCAAAUUUGCUGAAUUUUAGGUGAGAGUAUUCCGUCCCCCUAACUACAUGGGUGCAGUGAUAAUGGGAUUGCUGGUUGUUCUGAUUGGUGGACUGCUUUAUGUGCGACGUAAAAACUUAGAAUUCCUUUAUAAUAAGACCUAUUGGGCCAUUGGAUGCUUGGUAUGUGUAAGCUCUUAGACUGGUACUGUGACAAUAAUGCUGUGUUUUGAUAACUGUUAGUCCGCACACAUAUUUAUCGCAUAUUUUAACCUUACAGUACUACAAUGGUGUUUAAUUCCAAUUUAUUUAACUAAAAGUAGAUAUUUUUGUAUUAAGAUUUUUUCAACUGAAAAUCAAUUUUGACAAAUUCCAUGGUGGUACAUCCUAUUUUGUCAUAGCUUUAACCUGUUUUGUCUGCAUUAUGAUCAGUUGUUGCUGGCUCCUGUUGGCUGUUUCAAGGGGAUAAUCAACAUUGAACUGUGUCCCCUGUGGGCAGCAAUUGAUCAGUUGUAUCCUGUGUAUUCCUCCCAUGCCAUUAUUGUUGCGAUAAAUUAGUUCUGGUGAUCACAAAAAUGGCAGCAAUUUUGGGUGCAGGUCCAUAAGAUUAGAAGAGGGAUGAUAGAGAAUUUUGUGUUUGCCUGAUUGAAAUGCUAUCAACUAUUCAAAGCAAACCUCCAGCUGAGAAAUGCUGGUCCAAACUGACAAAUACAAAAAUCACCAUAGCCUAUAAAAUUAAAUGAGAUGUUAAUAUCAUGGGUGAUUUGUUUGUCCCUCUGUGGUAGAUUGGGGAAGGUAGAGUUGUCUUUGUUGCUGUAGUAAAUAACAAAAUGAUUCUUGAUGUUUCCCUAGAGCUUUGCCUCUUGAAAGAUCAAGCCAUACAUGUAAAAACUCUUGGGAAAACAAUAUUGUUUCGUUCCCAACUGGGGCUAAGUGUAUUUAUUAUUAUUAUCUUUUCAGUUUAUAGUUUUUGCCAUGACCUCUGGCCAGAUGUGGAAUCACAUCCGAGGGCCUCCUUACGCUCAUCGAAAUCCACAAACUGGACAAGUGGUUAGUAAGAAAUGAGUGACUUAAUAACUGUUCUGACCCCUGGUAUCACUGACAAAUCAGAGCCCUGGGUAACUGGAAUUGCAGCAGCAGCAUACAAGCUGUCAUGCAUGUAACCACAUGUAACUACAGUUGUUUGUGACACCUUUAGACAGCUUGGGCCAGGGCCACGUGGUGUUUGUGAAAUACUUGUAUCCCAAACAGAUAAGCUGUAAGAAAAAUUGGCCUAUUUCUAUUGAAGGAUGGGCCUAGUGGCACAUAAUCACUCAAAACAUGCCUUUACCCCUCCCCUACACCCCUUACACACACUCUCCACUCCAUGUUUCACUCUAGAUUAAAAACUGAUUAGUGAAAGCUCAUCAUGCAGGAAGCAGCACUAAGUUCGGAGAAUUUAACCUUAAUUGCAGUUUAUCCUUUUGAGAACUACAGAUUUUAAAUUGUUGUAACUCUUUCUUACUUGAGGUGUGAUAUGCACUAUUUAUUUAUGGGUUCUAUUUGUACCCUAACUUUUAUAGCUACUCUUUAAUUUUUUAUGUACCUAUAAUUUUCCACAGUUAUAUUUUCAUGGUAUUUUUCUCCUCUCUGCAUUAAUAGCAUUUUUAUUGUUUAAUUGUUGUACAUGUACCUUGAAGUGGGAAAUGAAUUUGCCAGUCUGACUCAUAACAAUUUUAUUAUUUUACAAUUACUUUUAUUUAUUCAUUUGUUAUCAUGCGUGAAGACCUAAUUCUCUUUGCCUCUAGGGGUACGAAUGUACCUCUCUGUUACAAUGGAGGUAAAAACAAAACUCCCAACCAUAAUUUUUCCAUAUGUUACUUUAGAAAAAAUUUAGUAUUUCUUAACAAUCAUGUGAUGUGUACAAUACCAUCUGUAGCGACCGCUUUUGGGUGAAGGCGGCGCGAGGGCAACAUGCGUUGCAGAAAUUCUGAAAGGUUCACUCCACAAUGACCAAAACGUCUAACAAGAUCCUUAGUUCCGUUUAAUGCUGGUUCACAAGAUGUUAACGGACCGAAGGGACCGUCAAAGACUGUAAUGGCUAUUACAACAUGCUUCGUGCGAAGCCUAAAGAACUGCGUUGGGCGACGUUGCCAAAAACACUCCGCUCUCUCGUCGAGCUUACAAAAAACUGAAAACCCGGAUGCGCGUGACCGGGUCACGUGUUAAACAAAACAACUGGGAAGGCGUUACAUGGCUCCCCCAUACAUUGUGAAAUGUAUGACUUAACAAUAAAAUAAAUGUCAAAAUAAACUUAGUGUUCUUAGUGUUCAAGAGGGUAAUUCUUUCUGCUGGCUCCCCGACGGGGUCGUACUCCGGUCUAUCGAAGUUUCCUUCUGUAACUUGCAUCAGUCGUCUCUUCCUUCGGACGAUGAACAAGGAUUAACUUGUGUACGGGUCUAUCCAGAAGCUUCUUAUUUCCGGAUUCAGUAUAGAAGAGGGAGACUUUGCGAACGAGUCCGUCAUCACUGGGAUAGACUUGGGUGACUCUGGCGAGAGGCCAUUCAUUUCUUGGGGAAGAAUCUUCGCAAAUCAGAACAAUAUCAUCAACUUGGACGUUAGGGACGGUCUUGUUCCACUUCUGACGCUUUUGCUGCUGUAGACAAUAUUCUCUUUGCCAUCGGAGCCAGAAUUGGUCAGCCAAGAAUUGAACUCUGCGCCAUCUCUUUCUGGUGUACAGAUCUGGUCGAGAGAAGUUGCCAGGCGGCGGAGGUAGUACUGCCUUCGUCUUCAGAGUGAGCAAGUGAUUUGGUGUGAUCGGCUCAGGUGCUUGUGGGUCUGACAAGCUGUCGGUGGUCAGCGGGCGGCUGUUCACGAGGUUUUCGGCUUCAGUGAAGAGAGUACGUAACCCUUCGUCGUCUAGCUGCGUUGACUGAUCUUCGAGGAGGCCAGAUAGAGAGGAGCGUACUGUUCGUAUCAUGCGUUCCCACACACCUCCCAUGUGUGAGGAGCUGGGGAAAUUCAUCUUGAACUCGAUGAAGUCGCAUUCUUGUGUUAAUAGGAAGUUCUUCACUGUGUCAGUGUUCACCUCUGCAUUGAGCUCGUUUCUUCCUCCGAUGAAGUUGCUUCCUUGAUCUGAUCUUAGUUGGCGCACUUUGCCUCUUCUGUUGAUGAAUCUUCUGAGCGCGUUAAUGAAUGAACUUGUUUCCAUAGUGUUCAAGGUUUCAAGGUGUAUCGCCCGGGAUGAGAGGCACGUGAAGACGAUGCCCCAACGUUUCAAUUCCUUUCGGCCUUCCUUAAUAUACCAUGGGCCGAAAACGUCCAUACCCGUGUAGGUAAAGGGCGGUGCUUGUGUCACACGUUCUUCAGGAAGAUUUGCCAUCUUUUGGACUUGUGCUCGUCCGCGCAAUUUGUGGCAAAUGGCACAGCUUGACAGGAGAUGGGAGACAACAGAACGACCGUUCACAAUCCAAUAACCUGCUUGCCUGAUGGAGUUGUGGGUCAUCCCAUAACCUGGGUGGUGCUCUUUGCUGUGAAAGUGUCGGAUGAGGAGAUUCGUCACGUGACUCUUCUUUGGACAUAUGAUCGGAUGUUUUAUGCCAUAAUCUAAUUCGGCUUUUUAGGAGUCGUCCGCCAAUUCUGAGGAUUCCCUUGCUGUCUAAGAAGGGGUCCAGUUUGUAGAGAGAACUUGUCUUCUUGAUCGUUUCGUUCCUGGUAUGAGCACUGUGGCGAUCCUGGAACAUACCAUCUUGGUGGUUGGCAUUUUGAAGGAUUUGGAUCUCCUUGCCGAAGUGCUCGAACUGAACUGACUUGAGAAUUACUUCUUCUGCUAAGCGUAAUUCUUCGACUGAAGGGGGGCCGGUGUUGGGCCUUGUGUUGAACUGCCUGUUAGGGCGUCUCUGUUCUAUCAUUCUCUGGAUGCGCACAAUGCUCCUCUUUAGGCGAAUGAGGGAAGAUGAAUGGCGAAAGCGUUCUGGUUCUAGAAUACUGUGAGAGCUCUCCUUCUCCUCGCUUUUGGUUUCUUCAUGGCUUGAAAUGCAGACGGUGGACUUAGGUUUCUUCACUUCAACGUCUUCGUGUUGUAGAUCCGCAACUUGGUCUAGGCUGAUCACCGGUACUUCGCUUUCCCAUAGGAAUUCAGGGCCAUUGAACCAUAGUUCGUGUUCAGAAAGCUCUUUGGUGGUGGCACCUCUUGACGCGAUAUCAGCUGGGUUGUUCGGACUGCUAACGUAAUGCCACUGCUGUGGGUUUGAUCUGUCGCGGAUGUGUUGAACACAAUUUCCGACGUACGUAUGGAAGCGUCUCGCGUCAUUUCGAAUGUACCCUAGAACGACGGAAGAGUCCGUGUAAAACGAUUUCACUGGGUUACUGUAGUUAAGCUCUUGGCUGAGCAUGGAGGCUACGUUAGUAGCAACCACGGCGGCGGUCAGUUCAAGGCGUGGAAUUGACAUUGGCUUUAGUGGCGCGACCCUAGCUUUGCCCAUCAGGAAGCUGACAUGUACUUGGCCUGAACUGUUUACAAGACGUAGGUAGGUUACCUGGCCGAGGCCUGUGUUGCUGGCAUCGGAGAAGCUGUGUAACUCCACGGCAACUGGUUCGCCGAAAUCAGGUGGCUUGAGACACCUUGCUAUCUUGAUCGUCUCCACAAGAGGUAGUUCGGAUCUCCAUUUUUCCCAUUGUGAACGGAUGUGGGCAGGAACUGGGUCGUCCCAGUCGAUGCCUUCGCGGCACAGUUCUUGGAGCAACUGUUUUCCGACUAAGAUGACAGGUGCAAUGACACCAAGCGGAUCAUAAACUGAACUCACAGUUGAUAGAAUUCCGCGACGGGUGAGAGGCUUGUCCUUGAGCUCAAUUCGAACCAAUGGUAUCAGACUGGAUGCACCAAUAGGUACCUAAGGAUCGUUGGACAGGUAAGACAUCGUGACGUAGAUCGAGGUCCUUCAAGUCCUUGGAACGAUCUUCAGCAGGUAAGGCUUCCAGCACAGUCUCACUGUUGCUGGCAAACUUGUGCAGGCGUAGGUUGACUGCUGCGCACAUGGCUUGGGUAUUCUUGAUGACAUUGAUUGCUUUAGCUGGUGUGGCGAAAGAUUUCAACCCGUCAUCUACGUAGAAGUCGUUCUUCAAGAAGUCUGCGGCCUCAUUGCCAAACUGUUCUCUGCCGGCUUCUGCUGUCAUUCUGAGACCGAAAUUAGCAACUCCUGGGGAGGAGACUGCCCCGAAAAGGUGGACGUUCAUGCUGUACUCUACGAUUUGACUCUCUAAGUUGUUAUCCUUGAACCACAGAAAUCGUAGAAAGUCUCUGUGUUCCGGGCUGACGUGAAAACUAUGAAACAUCUGUUCAAUGUCGCAUGUCACUGCUGUCUCUUCCUUUCGAAACCGCGAGAGCACACCAACGAGGGCAUUCAUCAUGUCAGGGCCCUGUAGCAGAUGUUUGUUGAGAGACUCGUUGUGGAAGAUGGCACUGCAGUCGAAAACGAUUCUAAUUUGGUCAGGUUUCUUGGGGUGAUAAAUGUCAAAAUGAGGCAAGUACCACACCUUUCCUGUGGCAGUCUUGAGUUGAUCUGAUGGGACGAGACUGGCGUGGUUCUUGUUAAACAUUUUCUGCAUGAACUCAGUAUAUUGCUUCAAAACCUUGCCAUUCUUGAGAAGUUUUCUUUUUAUGCCUAGUAGCCUGUUUAGGCAUUGUUCUCGGUUGUUCGGCAGACUCAACUUGUCUGUCCUCAGUGGUAGCGGCAUUUCCCAAUUGCCCAGUUCAUUUGUAUGGAUGCUUGUGGUAAGAAGAUCAUUGAAACGUCUGUCCUCGACAGACUCGGUGUUCUCAGUGCCUCGGAUGGUUCGGCUAUGAUGUAGUUCACUGUAAUCCAAUUGCAUCAUUUCUCUUAUCUGCUGGGGCGUAGUGACAUCCUUAGAUUGAUGUUUGGAAGCGAAAGAGGCUACGGCCUCUUCUCUGGAACUGUUGCUCGUUGGAACAUUGAAGAGGUUGUGAGAAUCUUCUCGUCGUACGGUGAUGCGGUUAACUGUUGCACAAGCCGUACUGUCUUGUUGGUUGUCUAGACAAACUGGACCGAUGAUCGUCCAGCCGAACUUGUACUCUUCAGCCCACGGCUCAUUGUCUUUGCCGUAUAUAACGUGUAAUGGCUGAAAGGCAGAUGGGAUGUUACGACCGAUUAACAAUCCUAUCUCUACUCCGGGAUGAUAGUGGAUGUGGUGGGCGAUCUCCUUAAGGUGCGGCCAGAGUUGGGCAAUGUUAGGCGUGGCGAUGUCCUGAUGGCUAGCUGGAAUUUUCUCUUGUGAGUAUGCAAACGGAAUCCUAAUAGAAUUGUGUCGACUGUCUGUGUCCUUGAUGUGCAAUCCGUUUACUUUCUGAGUACGCACAGUGUUCACGCCCGCAAUCGUACUGAUAUUGAGGUUAACUUCCUGGCCUUUGACCUGCAACUGGUCGAGAAGAGUGUCUGUGAUGAAGACAUCUGUUGACUGGUCAUCCAGAACUGCAUAGGUCAGCAUCCUUGCUGAAGGGUUGUCUUGAUGGAAGACUUCGACGAGAACUAUUCUAGCGCAUGAACGAGCAGAAUGCCCUUGAUUGCAGACUCGUGAGCAAGCAGACCUCGCUUCACUGGCAUUAAUCACUUUGUGCCUGGAUGGGUCAUGCAGUACAGUGGCAUGUUUCUGUCGACAUAUCUUGCAAUCUAGCCUGUCUUGUUCGCAGUCUCUGGCAACAUGUUUGUUGGAAUUAACACACUUGAGACAGACUUUGUUUUUCAUUAGGAAAUCUCUGCGUUCUUCGUAUCCUAAUUUCUGAAACUGUUCGCAAUCGUUCAUGCUAUGAGACUUCAUCUUGUGAUAGAAGCAAUACGUGUUAGCCGCAGUAGCUUUGGUAGUGUCCGGUUGCUGAGCAUGGGUUGAAAGCACAUUGGAGAUUUCUAUUGGUUCUUCGUGAUUAGCAUUUGUCUCGCCAUUGUUACUGGGGGGUGAAGUGGAGGUCAGAUUAACAGCUGGAGGACGCAGGCGGGGUUGGCGGUUCAAAGGUUUGAAACGGUCUGUCUGUGGUGUACCACUUGAACCUGAAGCUUGAACAAUUUGAGGUAUGUUGACACGCUCAGCGUGGUAACGCACUUCUUGAGCGAAGUCUGCAAAUGAAGGGAAUGUGUCCUUGCCUUCUUUCUUCUGAAGUUUCAGCACUUUAUCAGACCAUUUGGGCUUGAACCACGAUGGCAGCUUUUCGACAAGACUUUGAAUCUGUGACGGGUAAUUAAGGACUUGGAGACUCAAAAUGUGUUCGCUUGCAAUCUUCACCUGUUGAAGGAAGUCACUGAAUUCUUCUAAGGCUGCUGCAUCGUUCGGUCCCACCUUUGGCCAGGUUGUUAAUUUCUUCUGAAAACUGGUACUGAUUAUUGCUGGGUGGCCAAAACGUUCCUUGAGGAUUGUGCGGGCUUGUUGAUACGCACUUUCAGGGUUCUGCACUAAGUACUGAAGCUGCUCUACCACUUUUUUGGCUUUGCCAUCCAAAUAUUGGUACAAGAAGUGUAGUUUCUGUUGGGCUGUCACUGGUGCUGAAUCAAUCAGACUAUCAAAAGAAUUCUCCCACAGGAAGAAUUUAGUCUUGUCAGUCUCAUCACCCUUAAAAACAUCUGGCGUGGCUUGAGGGAGGCGUUGUAGCUGACUGAUCUUGGCUAGGGUGUCAGUUAGUUGCACUGAAUAAUCUUGGGGUGCAGGGGAGUAGGCUGUAUAUGACGAUGGUACAAACGCUGGAAAAUUUCCGCAAAAACCUCUUGGAGGUGUGAGUCCAAUUUGGGACAUAGUACACGCAGGCGAUGUGUAAACUGGAGGAGCUUGUCCUCUUAAGCUGAAGGUGGUUGCAGUGGUAGAGUGUGAGAUUCGAUUGGUUGAUCCUUGAGGGCCUUGAUUCAAAGAUACAGAUACAACGUCAAGUGGUGUGGACGAUGACGUCACUGUCACUUUAGUCACUGGUGUUCUAGUGUCAAAGAGCGUUGUAGCAGGCGCACCCGGUGUAGACGUAUAUUCGUCAGCAUUAUUGCUGGCAAUAAAGGUGGAAAUUGGAUCAUAGGUUUCUGUCGGCAGUGCAGGCGACUGCAGACAGUUUUCUUCUUGCAUUGCUUUUUGGUAGACUUGCUCUUGUGCAGUGACUUCUCCAAGUUCUUUUUGUAUUUUCAACUGUUCCAGUUUCUGUUUUUGUUCGGCAAUAACUGCUGAAAACUUCAACGUUUCUUCUAGGGCUGCUCUCUUAGCUCGAAAUUCAAGCAGGGUCUCCUUGCAAGAACUUCUACUUGAUCCCGACCCUUUCGAGACUCGUGAACGGUGGGACCUUUGAGAUGUGAUAGAGGCUGCAUCAUUUUGUAAUUUGUCAAUUUCUUUCACGGCUGUAUCAUGAACUGCUUUCCAUGUGUCAAGCAGAUAAGCUUGUUUACUUGUGGCCUGAUGAGUUUCAUCCGAAUCAUCUGAUAGCUCUAUCCAUUGGUCAAAACUUUGUAAGACAAUGUCUAACUCCUUGAUCAAAGCUGAAAUAUCUUCCUUAAUUUCCUUAGGAUCUUUGCCUGAGAGGAUUUGCUCUUUAAAAGUGUCUAAUUUAGAGCGAAACUGACGGUCGUUAUCUAUCGCAGCGCUUCUCUUCAAGCCACAUUUGUAUUCCCGCCCUUUGGCCGUGAGGGUCCUGGGCCUAGUGUUACUCGAAUCGACAAUAAUGUCGGCAUUUGUAAUCGAUGAAAUUUCCUCUAUUUUUGGACGUAAAGACACAUUAUCCGGUAAAAUAACAGAUGAGCUAACCUCAGUCUUUGUUGAGUCGACGAUUUCUUCGUGAGCUGGGCUUGAGGUGUGUUUUUUUGCGCUCUUCUCGAUGAGAAAUUCCUCUGGUCUCGACACGAAGGUUAGCCCGAGUCCGGUAUCCUCGUGUUUAUCAUCGAAUUUUGCUGAAUCCAUGGUAAAGUUCCUCGGCGUAAAUACAAUUCGUUGGAGUUCCUCAGAUUAAACAGGAGUCUUCAAAGUUCCUUGAGGUAAAUACGAGUCUUUGACUGUAGCGACCGCUUUUGGGUGAAGGCGGCGCGAGGGCAACAUGCGUUGCAGAAAUUCUGAAAGGUUCACUCCACAAUGACCAAAACGUCUAACAAGAUCCUUAGUUCCGUUUAAUGCUGGUUCACAAGAUGUUAACGGACCGAAGGGACCGUCAAAGACUGUAAUGGCUAUUACAACAUGCUUCGUGCGAAGCCUAAAGAACUGCGUUGGGCGACGUUGCCAAAAACACUCCGCUCUCUCGUCGAGCUUACAAAAAACUGAAAACCCGGAUGCGCGUGACCGGGUCACGUGUUAAACAAAACAACUGGGAAGGCGUUACACCAUCUGUGUGUUUAUCAUCUUGCUCUAUUUUUUUUUUCAGAGUUACAUCCAUGGAAGUAGCCAGGCUCAGUUUGUCGCUGAAACUCACAUUGUCAUUGUUCUUAGUAUCCUUUUACUUUUUACUGGUUAAUAAUAAUUAUUCAAAUUAAACUUUUUGUUUAUUAUAAUUAUUGGUUAUUGUAGAAGUACUUUGGGCUUUGUCACGUGUCGAUGGGAAGGAAUGAGUCAGGAAGAUAAGAAAUGUAUUUAAUGUUGCAGAGGUAGGAUUUUUAGUGAUUGCCCAUCUUCCAAGCCACAGGCUCAUGUUCAAGAAGCUAUACAAGCUAGUGUAAUACAAAACAAUAUUGAGUAUAUAUAAAAAGAUUUAAAAGCCUAACUUUUAAGUACAGCAUUCUUUAAAAGAGAAAACGUAAAAACAACGUAAGUAACAACGUCUCUACAAUAUCAUAAAUCGAAGCCCGAAGAACAUUUGGAUGGUAGACUAUUUAUGCCUUGACUGUUGUCAAAGAUGCUCUUUAUGUUGCUGGCAUGAUUCUUUUGAAUGAGAAGGCAUUUGAAGUCAAGGAAAUUGGAAAACGUAGAUGUAUGUAUCAGUGUUUGUUUGUUUGUUUGUUUUUUCAAUACUUUGUGUUUUCCUAG